CAGCUGCGUCUGCGCCGGCGCACUAGUCGAGCCACGGAGCGCGCCUCGCGAGCACGCACACACUGCAACCACGGCCUUUCUCAUCGUUAUCUCUAUCAUUAUCGACACCAUUGACUACCAAACUAGUCCCGCGGGUUUUAGAAUCGCCGCACAGUGAACUAGUGUCGGCAACAGUGAACCAGUGACAGCUCCCGUUUUAGAACUGUUUGCGGAACACAUACCGAUCGGAAGAUGAACACCGUUCGGGCGCUGCUUUUUGCGUUCCUUUUGUGUGUGGUGUCGGUGAGCGGGCGGCACCACGGGUCAGACGCGGGGGAGGUGGGCGCGCGGGAGGAGCCCGCGGAGGCGGGAAGGAGGGCGCGGGAGGGGCACCUGCGCCGCCGCCGGAAGCGCUGGCAGGCCGGCUUCGGCGGCUACGAGUACCACCAACCAGCCAUCCCGUUUUAUGAAAACGAGAGGCGAGAUCACUACAACCAGCAAGACCUGCAGCUGCAGAUCUUCAGACUGCUCGAUGAGCUGACAGCGUAUGUGCGCCGCCCGCCGCCACCGCCUCAGCCCAUCUACAUCCCCUACCCCGUCCCCUAUGCCAUCCCCCAGACCUGUCAGUGCGGGCCCAGCGGGAACAACUCCGCCGUGCCCGGACUGCCCAACAGGUUCCCCGAAAUGGCUGACCCCAACCAGAACUGGGGUCAAGUAGCGGUGGACAGCGACAGUGAUGAGAAGUACGACCGACCCAUCAGCUUCGUGCCCAUCACACCGGACCCACUUGACCAGGUUCCGUUCGCGACCUCCGCCCCGGCCAGCCGGCCGCUCGCUGUCCCGGCCAAGAACCCUGGGGCCUGCGACGCGGCCGUGGUCUCCUGCUGCAGACCCAACUACUCCCCGGAGAAGCAGCUGCAGUGCUUCAGGUCCCUCCGCUGCGGCGCCAGCUUCACCCAGAACUCUUGCUCGGGCAAAUCAGUCAAAUCUGUCCUGGAAUUAUUUGCCAAAGCGUACGCACCUGUUGAUCAAAACCUCUAAAGCCAACGGAAUAUAAUUAGGUGACCUAAAUGUUGAGGAGUCGAAUCGUCUGUGCGGUUUUUGUGAGCGCUUCGUGACGCAGAUUCUCCUGAUUACAAAGUCAAUGUUGUCUGUAUUAUGUAUGAGAGUAUGAUGGAAAAUGUUUUGUACGGCGAGUGUGAGCCGUCUAAGUGUUAGUCGUUUGUUUGGACUAAUUGCUGGACCGCUUACCGCAAAUGUAUUGUUGUUGAAGGUGAUAAUUAUCGCUGCAACGUCUUCGAGACAUAUAUCUUAAGUAGGACAAAGAUUAAAAAUUAAUUUGAUGGUGAAGACUAAUAAUUAGAUCUAUUUUGUAGCAGGUAUGCAAUAGUAUUUCUAGUUAAUGCAUGCUAUUUCUAGUUAAAUUCAAUAUUUUGCCUGCAAAUGACUAUGAAACGUUCAGUGUUUUUUUUUCUAUCAUGUUUAUUUUAGAGAUCUAUUUGUAGGAGCUUACGUUAACGUAGAAUCAACAAGUAGCUCCGCAUGUUAGCUAUUUAUAUACAUUUAAAUCUAACGAUGAAGAAAAAAAUUAUACCGAACAAUGAAACAUUGUAUUGGAAAACGAAAACUAACAACGAUGUCCUUGUGAUUGGAUUACUUACUAAUGUACCUAUGUACAUACAAUGUAAAUUACACUUAUAGUUUCAGUUUAGCUGAACUUAUUCUUUUGAAAGAAUUAGGUACGAUUAUGAUACUAUGUAUUGACAUUUUGUUUAAAUUGUAUUAAAAUGCCUUAAAAUAUUAUUGUGAUUGUAUGGAUUUUGAAAAUACAAAAUGUAUGAUAGUUACUGACAUUACGCCCGUUGUUCUAUAUUAUACUGAAUUACAUUUAAAUUUCAUUGUUAGAUGAUCUAAGUUUAGAAAUUUGCCAUAUUAUUGAUUUUGUCUGUUAGUUCCUCAACGCUGUUGUCAUUUCGAAUAUACUUAUUAUUAGUGUAGCAUUUACUAUUGUAAUACUGUUGUAAUAAGCCUACUUUGUACUAUACUUAAAUACUAAAAUAAUAAAUGUACAUAAUAAUCUA